CUCAUGCUAAAUUGCGCUUCAGUCAGCGCAUUUUGUUUAAAUGUAUGGACUCAACCCUUCAUUGCGGGGCUCUUUGCAGUCCAAAACGAGACCACUUUGGAGGACCGGCUGGGUCUGUAGCUCAUGUAGGGCAAGAGCCAUACCAAAAUUUAGAUACUCUACAGAUACAACACCGAAGAAGCCGUACUAUGUCACCACACCAAUUUUCUACGUGAAUGCCGGUAAGUCUAAACGAUGUUCCCUCAAUACAAUUUUCUAAGCUAAUUGAGUCAUCCCCAGCACCUCAUGUUGGUCACCUGUAUACUAUGGUCCUCGCGGACGUCCUCAAACGAUGGCAAGUUUUAAAGGGCGAGACAGCGAUCUUAUGUACAGGAACAGAUGAACAUGGCAUGAAGAUACAACGAGCUGCUGCACAGGCAGGCACACUUCCCAAAGAAUUUUGUGACAUUGGCGCCGAGACAUUUAAAAAGUUGGCACUGCGAGCAGGACUUUCAAACGAUCAUUUUGUACGCACGACUGAUCAAGAUCAUAAAGGGACAGUAGAAUAUAUAUGGUAUAUGCUGAAGGAACAGGAAUAUAUAUAUGAGUCAAAACACGAGGGGUGGUACUGCAUCAGUGAUGAGACGUUCUAUCCUGAGUCUGCGAUUGAGAAAAGGCUGGACCCCUUGACUGGGAAGACAUUCAUUGCUUCUCAGGAGACUGGUAAAGAGGUUGAAUGGACAUCGGAAAAGAAUUACCACUUUCGAUUAUCUGCCUUCAAGGAUCAACUUCUUGAGUUUUACGAGAAGAACCCCGAUUUUGUCGUACCGUUGACUCGAAUGAAAGAUGUGGUCAAGCAAGUGUCUAAGGGCUUAGAAGACCUCUCGAUAUCUCGUCCCUCUGAUCGUCUGAGUUGGGGCAUCCGAGUUCCAGACGAUGAAAGUCAGACUAUAUAUGUAUGGCUCGAUGCACUAGUCAACUAUAUUACAAAAGCAGGUUACCCAUGGGCGCCAGGGAAUGAAGCCGCUGGAGGAUGGCCUGCAGAUGUACAAGUGAUCGGGAAGGAUAUUGUUCGAUUUCACUGCAUAUAUUGGCCAGCAUUUCUCCUCGCCUUGAAUUUGCAACCGCCAAAGCAAAUUUUGACGCAUGCUCACUGGACAAUGGACAACCAAAAAAUGUCCAAGUCAGUAGGGAAUGUAGUCAACCCAUUGUUUGCAAUGGAUCGAUUUGGGGUCGAUGUGAUGCGCUACUACCUUAUUCAUGAUGGUGGAAUUAAGGAAGAUUCUGGCUACGGAAAUGAAUAUAUUGUUGAAAGAUACAAGAAAGGAUUGCAAAAAGGUCUAGGUAAUCUUGUCAGUCGAUUGACCAGACCAAAAGUAUGGAACGUUCGUUCUUGCGUAGAAGCUGCACAUUCUGAAGGAUUGCAUAAUCUGGAUGUUUCUACCAAUCAACAGAUCGAUCUACUUAAUAAUGUUCGCCCAAAAGCUAAUGACAAAAUGCAAGAGCUAAACCCGGCAGCAGCUCUGCAUGUUAUUAUGGAUACCGUAUUUGAAGUAACUAUACCACCCACCAAAUAUUUUCAAUGAUUACGAUACUAACCACAAAUUAACAGACCAACAAAUACUUACAAGAAGAAGCUCCAUGGAGUCUCGCAAAGUCCGAAGAACCAAAUGCUAAAGAAAGACUCAUAAGUGCCGUAUAUCAUUCAGCCGAGGCGAUCCGCAUAGUUGGAAUCCUCCUUCAGCCUUACAUGCCGGAAAAAGCGUCUCUAUUGCUGGAUAUGAUAGGUGUCAUACCAGAGCGCCGAACAUAUGAGUACGCAACACUGGGCGCCGAUCCUUCUUAUGGUGAUGCUCAGAUUCCACUGGGUAGAUGUGCAUGGGAUGCGCUAUUUCCACCGUUGGCAAUUGAGAGUUGAUCUGACUUAAAUGCUUCUUGUGUCUUAUCUGAAUAUACCCUCAUAGCAUUGAAUAAAAUUAUACCUACUCUCAAGUGAAUAAUUGAUCACCUUCAAACAUCAUAUUACAUUCAUAAGAUUACCAUGACCUCCAAUAACUCCAGGUCGGUCAAUCAGAUAUUACAGUAAAAGUUUCAAAUCAUCUUUCCAGCUUUAUGGAAUUGCGACGCUCUUCUUUCCUCUUGGCAUCUCUGGCCCCUGCAGGUUUUUCUCCACGGCCUUUUGG